GAUCAGUGAGAAGUGCAGAGGGUGGUGGCCUCAUCGCCCUCUGACCCUGAAGCGUUUCUCUCUCUUUAAUGCUGAAGGGACAAAAAGGUCGUUCCUUUUCCGUCUUUCCCCUUCUCCGCUCUCGAUCGGGCCCACGAACCCUAAUUCUCCCCCAUCCCCCUAUUUUCCGAUACCGAUUCCGAUUCGGUCGAUCUACGAUCAGAUCUGGUUUCCCUUGGCCAAUUCUUCGAUUCUAGGUUUCGAUCUGCGUCCUGUCUUAUGGCGAAGACCGCCGAAGCCACUGCCGUCGAGAUCCGCGACGUCUGGGCCGAAAACCUCGAGGCCGAGUUUGCCGUGAUCCGGGAAGUCGUCGACGACUUCCCCUUCGUCGCCAUGGACACAGAGUUCCCCGGCGUCGCCAUCCGUCCCCUCGGCGACUUCAAGACCGUAGCCGACAGCAACUACCACAUCCUCCGUGCCAACGUCGACCUCCUCCACCUCAUCCAGCUCGGGCUCACCUUCUCGGACGCCGAUGGGAACUUCCCAGCCUCGCCCGAUAGCGCGCGCCCCAUCGUGUGGCAGUUCAACUUCAGGGAGUUCGACGUUGACGGCGACAUCAGCAACCCUGACUCCAUCGACCUCCUUCAGAAGUCCGGCAUUGAUUUCGCCAGGAAUCGGGAGCACGGGGUCGAUGCAAACCAGUUUGCCGAGCUCUUAAUGUCGUCGGGCGUCGUUCUCAAUGAUUCCGUCCGCUGGGUGACCUUCCAUUGUGCUUACGACUUCGGGUACCUCCUAAAGAUCCUGACUUGCAGAAGGCUACCUGACAACCGGGAGGGGUUCUUUGAGCUCGCCAGGACUUUCUUCCCGGUUGUGUAUGACAUUAAGCACCUGAUGAGGUUUUCAAACAGCCUUCAUGGGGGGCUUAACAAGGUUGCCGAGCAGUUGGAGGUUGACAGGGUUGGAAUCUGCCAUCAGGCUGGCUCAGAUAGUUUGCUUACUGCACAGACAUUUAGGAAGUUGACGGACAAGUACUUUGAUGGGUCAAUUGAGAGAUAUGCUGGGGUUAUGUAUGGUCUCGAUAUUGAAUGAGGUUUGAGUGGUCAGUGAUGUUAGAUACAAGACUUUUAUAUUCGAAUUAGUAAAAAAAACGAGAAAGAAACUUGGUUUGAUGAGUA